UUUUGGCUCAUUGCUCAUUGCAUAUAUUGGCCACUAGUUGUUGAUACUUCCAUAAGGCUUUUUCAAGUUCUCCCAUAGGCCAAAAUAUUAUAGUUGAUACAGAGAGGAUGGAGUCAAUGAAGUUAAGGGCAUUUAUUAUGGCCUUAAUAUUUUUGGGAAUUUUUGCAGGGCAGUCAAGUGCUGCCUUCAGUGACUGUUAUACUAGAUGUUUCAUUUUCUGCAUGAUUGAUCCUUCUGAGACAGUAUGCAAAUGCACUACCAAAUGUUUGAAACAGUGCAUUUUCAAUUCAGAUUCAGGUUCUGCUUCUGUUUCUACCAAUAACGUCCACCACAAAACAGACAGUAGCAACCUUAAGUUCUGUAAAUUGGGAUGUGCCUUUUCCACCUGCUCCACCCUCAGCAAAAAAGAUCAACCUAAUGGUGAAAAGAUGGAUGACUGUGUUGGAUCUUGCUCAAAAAACUGCACCAAGAGCUACUGAUGGCCACAGACGUGGCAUUAUUAGUGGGAUUUCAUUAUCCUCUUUUAUCGUUAUGAUUUCUCUUAUUCUCCCUUUCUUGUUUUCUUCUCUCUCCCUUUUUUUCCAAAUUAAAUCAAUUCACAGCAGAAUGUAUUUCAGAAUAUGAUAUGUAUCCUAGUAAUAGCAACCAUAUAACAAUCCACUUGUGAUUUAUCUGCAUUUCUGAGAUUGAAUGAAUGUCAGUUUGCUUUUGCCGGUUUUGGGACAAUCUAUCACGUGUAA